GAAAUAGGGUUUUGAAGAGGAAUCGAAAGCAUAAAUUAGAGUUGUAGGAAGCAGAGAAAGGCAUGAGUUGAAAAGUUAUCUUCAAGCUUGGUUGGUUUUGGACACAAAAAGCAUAAUAGAGACAAAGGAAAGAAAGCAUAUAAUAAAAGUGAAGAGAAGAAGCUUAAAGAAGGCUCCAAAAAUGAGUUUCAAAAGCUCUUCUCUUCUCUGCAUAGCGCUUCUGCUUGCAUUGUCUUCAACUAUUAAUGGCUUUAACAUCACAGAGAUGUUGGAAAAGUAUCCAGAGCUAUCCUCAUUCAACAAGUACAUCACCGAAUCCAAGCUUGCAGACCAAAUCAACAGCCGCAACACCAUAACCGUUCUUGCUGUUGAGAACGGCGCCAUCUCUUCCAUUUCCGGAAAAACCCCAGAAGUCAUUAAGGCCAUCAUCGCCACCCACAUCAUCCUUGAUUACUAUGAUGAGAAGAAGCUCAUGGAAGUUCAAGCUAGCAGCCCCCAGUUGACAACCCUCUACCAGUCCACAGGCCUUGCCGUCAACCAACAAGGCUUUGUCAACGUUUCACUCAUCGGCGAGGGCGAAAUCGCCUUCACCCCCGCCGGCACUAAAGACUACUCAGAGCUCGUCAAGACCGUCACCACACAGCCCUACAACAUCUCCAUUCUUCAAAUCACCAAGCCCCUCAUCGCCCCAGGUAUUGACAAUCAAACCAAAUCUGCACAGUCACCACAACAAGCUAAAGCCUCUCCCCCCACAGAGACAGCCAAGGCACCAGCUCCCUCGACAAAGAGUGGCAAGGCACCUGCUCCUUCCACAGAGAGUGCCAAAGCACCCGCAACGAAAGACGGUGCCAAGGCACCAGCUCCAGCGGAGGAUGCAAAAUCUCCUACUGCACCCGAGUCUGCUGAGGCACCAGCUCCUUCGGAAACUGCGGCCGCGCCUUCACCUGCCGAGUCUCCUAAAGCAGAUGCCCCAACAGAAGCUGAUGCCCCUGCAGAUGGUCCCGCUGCUGAUGCUGCUGCAGAUACUGCAAGCUCCUCCACCAUUAUUAAGAUGAGCUUGGUUGGAUCAUGCAUGGCCUUCGCUUCACUCUUGAUUGUUUUAUAAACUGCUUUAUGAAAUAAAGAUGAUAUAGAUAUCUAUAUCUAUCUAUAUAUAGAUAUACAUUUUAUUACACUUAUAUGAAGAGGAGGAAGAGAAUGAGAACAAGGGCCCUCAGGAAGACACAAAGGGAUAUCGGAAAGGAUGAUGUAGAGUACGUUGUCGCUGAAAAUGUGGGUCAAUGAAAAUAAACUUGUAUUUUACUGGUUGCGACCUAUAAAUAAAAGAAGAAGUAAUUUA